CAAAAAUACAAAGUUUGCGGUCGGAGAGGCGAAUCCUUGCGCACCUGCCCACACUUCGCCCGCCGUGGCCGCCGACAUAGCAAGCCCCAUGGAGAUGAAGCGAAAGCACGAGUCUCCUUCUCUGGCCGCGUCUGACAUAGGGACAACCGCCACGAACUGCAGGUCACCGCCGUCGUCACAGCAUAAAAUCCAACUACAGCAUGUGGCGUCCAACAACCCCAAGGCAAGGAAGCGCACGCCAUCGCUCAUCACAACGCCUUUUUCAGACGAUCUUUCCGAGUGGGAUGCAGUGAAUCAAGAGUCCCUCUCAGACGCUGCUGCUCAAGUCUCUCCACCUACAUCACGAAAACUGUCCCUUCUCCUAGAUGAAGCGCCUACAAAGCAUCCCCAGAGUCCUAACUCGAUCGAACCAUCGCCAAAGAUGAUUCCGUCUUCUCGAGAAUUGCUGCCGUCCCCGCGCACGCCUUUACCGUCCAAAGAGAAUGACAUCCCAACUCCCUCCACCUCCUCGACAUCGUUCCCACCAAAACGCGCUCGCAAUCGCAAUCCAGGCAACUUGCUCCUCGAUUUGUCCCAUAUGGCGCCGGUGGCAUCCCCAACCAAAACAAUGGACUUCACGAACGUGUGCUCGCAAGUGACGGACUUCCUCUUUGUCGGGGGCGCCUCCGUUGCCUCGCAACGCGACGUCCUUGAGCAACACGGCAUCACCCACGUAAUCAACUGCGCGGCGUCAGUCACCCCCAACUACUUUCCCCACGUGUUUGACUAUUACCGCUUGCGCCUGCGAGACCAUGCGACGCAAGACAUCCAUCAACACUUUUACAGCAUCUUCCAGUUCAUCGACAUGGCGCGGUCUCGACGCGGAAAGGUGUUUAUUCAUUGCGUCAAAGGCAUCUCCAGGUCACCCGCGAUGGCAAUUGCGUACCUCAUGGCGAGAGAACAGUUGGGCUUGUACCCCGCGCUCGAGCUCGUGAGGUCGUCACGCCCGGUCAUCGACCCGAAUGCAGGGUUUAUCUUUCAGCUGAAUGAAUGGGACUCGUUGCGCCGACUCCACACCAAGCAGCCGAUCACGCUGUUCCGCGUCGACAUGUCUCGCGGCGACGUCGACGGCGUGCCCGAUGUGCCGCUCCCCGACUACCCGUUGAUCAUCGGCCCCGUGCAGGCGGACCACUUGGUGGCCUCCUCCCCGUCGUCCAACCCAUUGCACGACCCGCCGCAGAUACAUGAAGACCAUGCUGCGGCAUGUUUCGUCGUGUGUUCAUUGGAAACCAAGUACUGCUCGCUGUGGUGCGGCCGCGACGCGACCGACGACAUGAUUCAAACGGGGAAGACCGCCAUGGUACGCUCGAGUGCUUGUCUCUUACCUGAUCGUGAUAUCUUCCUCUUUGGUGGUGCAGCGUCUCCUACAAACGUACGAAUCGUUUCCAGACACGUUUGAUGUGGUGCAAAGUGGACAAGAGCCGAGUGAGUUUUGGAGUGCGCUGGCAUCGGAACACGACCCCAACACGAUGUAAAUAAUCACCAAGAUGUUGUUGAACGUCGGUCACAAACGUCAUCACGACGAUGCCAGCCCCUCUCGACUAAUGUGCGUAAUUCGGCGAUUUCCGCACGCAGCGCUGCCACGUCAGUGAUCAGAGUGCUCAUGGGGCUGGCGGUGGGAGAUGGCGGUGUCGAUGCCUGAAAGGUAGUAUCUCCUUGGUUUGAAGCCGACACUGAGGGGAGGCGACUUGACGUUGAUGCUGCGCUGGUCAGCACAAAACCGAGGAUGCACGCAAUGAGAAUACACACGACACCAAGGUUUUCCAUGGGACGAUUCCAGCAUGCCGAGAUGAGGUCAGUGAUGGAGGAAGGCAGCGCGGGAUCUGCUUGAUCGGACACUUGUGGCCGAGGAAAUGGAGUUGGCGACAACGAUGCUGGCACACGCGGACACUCAUCGAGGGUGAACGGGGAUCUCGCAGCUGCAAGCUGUAGCUUUCGACGAAGCAGGAUUUCCUCGCGCGACUGAAAAAUCUUCUCGCGUGGCUUGCCUCGAUCAUGCAUGCCAGCGCCGGAGUGGGUGCGUGGGGAACAAAUUUGUGACUGUUCAAGAUUUCUUACGUAAAUGGAGAGUUUUAACCAAUCAGAAC